AUGCCGGUAAUAUAUGCAAGAGUAAUUUGUGCGUGCCUUAUCAUCAUGGUUACGGCAUCCUUAAUGCCCGUAACGCCCGUUCUGGCAUCAACCACCGAUGGCCUCAAGAAAGGAAAAGCUCCUGGGGGGUACCGACCAGAGCCACCAACAACCAGAGCGAAUUGCAAGUGCCCUCACGGCUUCGAGAGGGUGGACCAGUCAUGUGUAAAGAGAGAAUUCGUUGGGAAACCAGAGCCAUUCUGCCCCUCAGGAACACUGGCGCACGGCAAAUGCAGAACGCGGGUUGCCGAAUCAUUCCGGUGUCCUGAGGGGUAUGAGUCAAUGUGCGACUUUAAAUCGAGCUCGAACGCAAAAUGCUGUCGCUUGACGGAGACUCGAGAAGUUGAUUACCGUUGCCCGGAAGGGACAAGCGAAACUACGGAGGGCGACUGCAAGCGAUUAACAAGGUUUCCUCCAAGUUACGAGUGCCCUUUGGGAUAUCGAUACGAGGAUGGUUACUGCGUCAGAACAGAACCAGGUUAUGUUGCACCAGUAUGUGGCGAACACAGUCAGUUAACGCCAGAAAACACGUGCCUCAAGACAGCGCCUGGCGAGAUCGUAUACGAGUGCCCUGAGGGGUUCCAGUGUGUUUCCAGUACGAAGAAAUCCGGCUUCUGCAAAACCUGCCAGAAGAAAGAAAUGGCUUCCGUGAGCUGCGAAUGCGAAGCCGGGGCAAUUGAAGAUGACGGACUUUGCUACCAGUUGGAGGUAUACAAGGAAUGCUUCGACAAGGCGCAGAAGAAGAAAUCGACGUCCGCAUACUCGGGCGAAAAUGAGGAGCAGGUGGUAGGAGAUGGAAAAAAGGACAAGAAGUGCGAAGCAAAAAAGCCUGAAUGCACGUGCAAGGCCGGAUUCCACCUCGAGUGCAAGGGCAAGCAAUGUCAGUGCGUGAGGGAAGAAUUCACUGCCGUUGUGAGACGGUGCCUUGGAUUCGAUGAUGGUUCGGGAAAUUGUGUGCGCCAAAUCGAGACAGCACCGAUAUACCAGUGCGGAGAAGGACAGGAAUGUGAAAGUAUUGACAAGAAAAACGAAUGCAAAUGCGUCUUCAAGUCGCGAAAGCAUUCCACCGUGGACUGCGGUGAAGGAGUCUUGAUAGGGAACGACUGCUUCUCUGUUGGGCACACUCCACAAACUCAGCAUUGUCCAGACGGUUUCGACAUUGUCUGUCGUGCCUCGGAGUGCCAAUGUGAAAGGAAUCUUUUCACGCACCGGACCAUGACUUGCACAAAGCACUCAGCCGCGAAGCUCGACGAAUGUGCCACAUUCUCGGACCCGGAAUUCGCUUGCAAAGAGGGCCAGCUGGUUGACCAAAAGUGCGUUCGUUUGUCGUACACCGUCGAGCUUUGUGACGCAUGA